AUGGCUGCUCUGGGGGACGAGGUGCUGGACGCUUACAUGUACCCGGCGUGCGCCCUCUACUCGUACCCGUACCCCUACCCCUACCCGGCCGCCAAGGGCAAGGGAGCGGCGGGCGGGGGAGGCUGGCGGCACCGGGACGGCGGCUACCCUCCGGUUUCCUCCUCCUCUGACGGCGCGGCCUCGUCGUCUUUCCCGGGCUACGGGCAGCUGGCAGCCGCCGAGUACUUCCACAGCUACCAGCGGGCGCAGCUCAUGGCCCUCCUGUCGCAGGUGGGCCCCGGCCUCGCCCCGCGGCCCGGCCGGGCCAGCAUUCGGGACGUGGCCGUGCAGGUGAACCCGCGCCGCGACGUCUCCGUGCAGUGCUCGCUGGGGCGGCGUACGCUGCUGCGCAGGGCCCGCGAGCCCGGCCCUGACCUCGAGGGCGCGGCGGGCGCGGGCGGCAGCUGCCCGGCCUCCCCGGAGCUGGCCCGCCGGGGCCCCGAGCAGGGCAGCCCACCGAGCGGCGCCCCGCGGCCCGUGCGCUUCCCGCGCACCGUGGCGGUGUACUCGCCCGUGGCCUCCCGCCGCCUUGCCACCCUCCUGGAAGGGGCCGAGACUGCGGCGGCCGAGCAGAGGCCCGGGGCGCCGGACGGAGAGCGAGGGCCGCCAGCUGCGAGGCCCCGAGGACCCGAGGAGCCCGAGGAGGGAGAGGGGUCGGCGAGGAAGGAGCCCCAACGGCCGCAGUCCGAGGAGGACGAGGCCCAGGCCGGCGUACCGGCGAGCGGGGAGCAGCCCCCGCCGGUGGCCGGCGCCCCGGAUGCCGCGGGCGAGAGGUGGUCGCCGCGGAGCCCCCAGCCGGGCAAGGAGCGCCUGCGCUUCCAGUUCUUAGAACAGAAAUAUGGCUACUAUCACUGCAAGGACUGCAACAUCCGAUGGGAAAGUGCCUACGUGUGGUGUGUACAGGGCACUAACAAGGUUUACUACAAGCAGUUUUGCAGAACAUGUCAGAAGUCUUAUAACCCUUACCGAGUGGAGGAUAUCACCUGUCAAAAUUGUAAACAGACUAGAUGCUCCUGCCCAGUAAAAGUUCGCCACGUGGACCCCAAAAGGCCCCACCGUCAAGACUUGUGUGGGAGAUGCAAAGGCAAACGCCUAUCCUGUGACAGCACUUUCAGUUUCAAAUAUAUCAUUUAA